AUGGAUCGACUUCCCAGGAAACUCAGCGUCCUUCAUCAUAUUCGUCACGUUAAACGGCACUUCUUCAACUGUAGCAGCCACAAUAUUAUCAAUGUACUGCAAUAUGAAACGCUGUUCUCACUGCAGCAGAGGCGAGAAGGAGCCGUUGUUAUACACACCCUGGUAUGCCUGUACUGCUUUGGGGCACUAGCAGUUUUGUGUGAUCAUUAUUUUUGCGCGUCACUUGAAAAACUAUGCAAACGACUACGUAUCCCGACAGACGUUGCAGGCGCAACAUUCAUGGCUGCUGGUAGUUCUAUGCCCACACUGUUCAUCGCAAUUGCUUCCGUAUUCAUGGGUGAGGGUGAUAUAGGCCUGGGUACUAUUAUUGGUUCAACUAUGUUCAAUAUCCUCUUCAUAUCGGCCAUUUGUGGGCUGUGUUCUGGUAUCUCUAUAGCUCUUCGGACGUGGCCGCUUUUGAGGGAUUCUGUGGCAUACACUAUACAUCUGACCGCUCUGUUAAUUGUCAUAGAGGAUAACAUAGUUCACUGGUACGAAGCCUUGGUGUUUCCAUUCUUAUAUCUUGGUUACAUAAUAGUUAUGUGCUUCAAUAAGAAACUCGAAGGUUUGUUUGAGAGAGUUUGCGAAAAGUUUUUCCAUUUACGGAAGGGAUUUGAAAUGGUCUCAAUGGAGGACCCCCACGAAAAUGCCGUUGGGAAAGGCAAUGGUCAGGAAGCCCUGGAAAAAUCCGGGGAAGAGGAUUUAAGAAACAACGAAAUUAUUACCGACAAAAGCAAGAAUGAAAUGAAAGACACUGACUGCGGUAGAGAAGGAAGGGGAGUCAAUGAUCCCGAUACCUCCUCUUCUCAAGCUCAUGGUUUUUCAGAAAAAUCUCCGUUCGAAAUUCCCAAGAGUUCUUUUCAAUUAGUGAUCUGGGUGAUCAUGUUACCUGUCCACGCCCUUUUCUUCCUCACAAUGCCCGACUGUCGCAAGAAAGGUUGGGAGAACUGGUACCCAGUCACGUUUGUAGUAUCCAUCCUAUGGAUGGCCCUCAUAUCAUACGUACUCGUGUGGACUGUGUCAGUCAUAGGCGAGACUUUUGAUAUACCAGAAUGCAUCAUGGGACUGACACUAUUGGCAGCUGGUUCUAGUGUCCCGGAUGCUAUUGCAAGUCUUGUAGUCGCUAAACAUGGAAUGGGAGACAUGGCUUUGGCUAAUUGUGUUGGUAGCAAUAUCUUUGACGUCCUCUGCUUAGGUCUUCCAUGGUUUUUAGCCACGACUGUUGUUCAUCCGAAAAGCGUCGUUUUAAUUCACAGUGGACAUGUAGUUUAUACAUCUUUGUGCCUGUUUGGCACAGUUUUAGCAACAUUAUUCGUGAUACACCGAAAUAGUUGGAGAUUGGAUAAACGUUCGGGAGGUAUACUAUUGUUAACCUAUAUUGUUUUCUUAUCAGCGGCUGUCAUUUUAGAAGCUCUUCCCGGGGGGCCUGGAGGUCAGGGGGAUGGUCCUAAAUUAAGUCCACAUCACCCGGGUCACCUGCCAAAUAAGGGCCUAGGGCAUCACAAAAAUGCUCAUUUAAAGAAAGUCACGUGACAACCGAUGGUUACUGAGUGAAUUAUUGCGGGCGUUUUUUAACCCUUUAACUCCGAAGAUCUGAUUGUUAAUUCUCCCCUCUAACACAAUUCUUGUGAAUAAGUUAUGAGAAUUUGGUGUUAUA